AUGAAAGACCCGUUCAAGAAAGUCCACCUGUGCUCUUUUGGCCACUUCGGUGGCAACGGCGAGAAAAUCCCCCAGUGGGUAAAAGCCAACGGAGGAGAAUAUUCAAAGAACGUCAGCCAGGGUGUCACUCAUCUUAUCACCACAAUAGAGGCAUUUAAGAAAAAUAUCGAAGCUGUGCGAAAGGCCAAGCGCUUCAAAGUCAAGAUCGUUUCCUACGAUUGGCUCGAGGAUUCAUUGUUAUCCAAGAGCCGAGCUCCCAAGCGCGAAGGGCCAUAUCUUCUGGAAACUAUAUUGAAAAAUGAGAAGAAAGCCAACGCUGAAGCAAAGGCUAAGAAGGCUUCAAAGCGACCAGCAAAGGUGAAGGCAAAACGAACUACUGACUAUCACCUCUACACGGACAAGGGUGUUACUUACAACGCGACGCUUACUCGCCCGACAAUCCAAGCAACCCGCGAGAAAUACCAUCUCAAGAUCUUCGAACUCAACAGCAACCCCAUCACUUACGCUACCUAUGUCAAAUACACGCGCACCAGUAAAUCAACAAUCGCGCUCAAAGCCCCUAUUGGAAGUACCCUACAAGCCGCCAUGUCGGUGUUCGAGCAUUUUUUCGAGGAACAAACUGGCAAGAAAUGGGAAGACCGAUUGGAUGGAGUGACACCCCAACGUAAAGAAGACAACGAUGGCAAAACCCUCCUAAUCUCCUAG